UACCAUUUGAAUUGCAAAAGCGCUAAAAUACCGGAAAAAGCCUAGGAAAAAUUUCAUCAAUAUAUUUCUGAAGAUGGAGAAAAGAUUCAGCUUGAUUGAGACCAUUGCUACUGCCGCUGCAUUCUCUGCUGUUUCCGCAUGGUACGGGUUCAUGUUCGGAAGAGAAUCUGCUCGCAAAGAGCUCGGACAACUAAUAGAGGGUCUUCGUCGAGGAGAUUCACCUCCUCCUCAUCCUUAAUCGAUGUUGGAACUAGUCUUCCGUAAGAAGUGGAUUUAAGGUGUUGGACUGAGUCAAAGCUCUCUGCCGAGGUUUCUUGAAGCUGCACCAUGACCAUCUCUGCACCAAAUUUUUCAUGGCUUCUUACAUUAGAAUGUCUCUUACCGAAAACAUGUUUUCCCGGUUGAUGAUUGUUUGUCACUAAACCAGAGCAUGUUGACUAAUGGUCCUGAUUUCUUCUUCCUUUCCUGGAAAAGUUUGUAUUUUGAUAUUCUUAAGACAUGUUGGCAAUGAGCUUGGUUUGCUACCUGUAUCGAUGUUCUAAUGGCCUCCUAUUAUAAUAAAGUGUUUUUGAAAUUUUGUUUGGUACA